AGCAGCCGCGCACCCAGCCCCGCCAGUGGCUUCCGAACCCGCUCGCCCCGCGCGCUUUCUGCGCCUCCGAGGGCGCACGGUGCGCCGCGCUGGAGAAGGGGCCGGCGCCGGACUGCUCGGCGAGCUUGCAGCUCACCCUCGUUGCCGCUUCCCCCCCAGGAUGCUGCCCCCGUCCCGGACCCAGCUGGGGCUUUUCUUCAUCUUGCUCUGCCCGGCCAACAUCAUCGGGCUGUGGUGGGCAGUGGGCAGCCCAUUGGUUAUGGAUCCCAACAGCAUCUGCCGCAAGACCAAGCGACUGGCUGGGAAGCAGGCUGAACUGUGCCAGACAGAGCCUGAGAUUGUACAGGAAGUUGCCAAGGGUGCCAGACUGGGCGUGCGUGAAUGCCAGUAUCAAUUCCGCUUCCGCCGCUGGAAUUGUACCAGCCACAGCAAAUAUUUUGGCAAGAUCUUACAGCAGGAUAUCCGGGAGACGGCCUUCGUCUACGCCAUCACGGCCGCGGGGGUGAGCCACGCGGUCACGCAGGCCUGCAGCAUGGGCGAGCUGUUGCAGUGCGGCUGCGAGGCCACUCGGAGCCGGGCCCCUGCGCUGCCCGCCGCCAUGACGGGGUCGGAGGGCUCCGCCUGGGAGUGGGGCGGCUGCGGGGACGACGUCGACUUCGGCUAUGAGAAGUCCCGCCAGUUCAUGGACGCCAAGCGCAAGCGCGGCAAAAGCGACAUUCGAACUCUCAUCGACCUGCACAACAACGAAGCAGGACGCCUGGCAGUGCGGAAUCACAUGCGGACAGAGUGCAAGUGCCAUGGGCUUUCAGGUUCCUGUGCCUUACGCACCUGUUGGAAGAAGAUGCCUCCUUUCCGGGAGGUGGGGGACCACUUGCUUGAACGUUUUAAUGGGGCCUUUAAAGUGAUGGGUGGCAACGACGGUAAAACGCUCAUCCCUGUUGGCCGGAACAUCAAGCCACCAGAUCGGCAGGACCUCAUCUACUCUGCCGACUCCCCUGACUUCUGUGUUGCAAACCGCAAGACAGGAUCACUGGGCACACGUGGGCGAGUGUGCAACAGCACUGCCAUGGACGUAAGUGGCUGUGACUUGCUGUGCUGUGGACGUGGCCACCGUGAUGAGACACUGCUCCUGGAGGAGAAUUGCCUUUGCCGCUUUCAUUGGUGCUGCGUGGUACAAUGCCGGAAAUGCACUGUACGCAAAGAGCUCAGUUUAUGCAUUUGAAUGGUGCAAAAGGGACAUUGGGUAGGGAUGGCACAGAGUGUGUGAGGAUGGAGAAUGGACCCAGACCGCAUGGAAUCCAGAGACUGGGUGCAUAAGCGAGCUGUCACAGUUCCAAGGACGUGGUCUUGUUUGAGGUUACAGAACUGCCUGCCAGCAAAUUCAGGAACUGGUCACGUCUACCAUGUCUUCUCAGAACAUGCAUUGUGUUCAAGUCCUUGGUGUACAGCAGAGUUUGCAACAUACAACACUUGAUCACAGAGACCUCCUCUGUGGCAGGUCCUUGGCCUUCCAUGCCACGCUGUGGUUCCAGAUGGGUCCAUCUCUUCCUGUGUGGACGUGGGUUCUUGAAGGCAAAGGUCUCCUAUAUCACCUUUCUCCCAUUAUCAGUUCCAGCUGCUUGGUCCCAUAAGGGUCUGUUACCAUGAGUCAUGCACAGAUUCCCUGGAGGGAUGUGCUAUGCCUCACUUAUUCCUGGAUCAUUACUGUGUUCGAGAGAACAGCAGAGGUUUCUAGUCUACUCGCUCCCAUGGCUUCUUUGCUUCCCAUUAGCUAGGGCUGGGGCUGCAGUUUCUUUCUGCAUUAAUAAAGCUAUUUAAACUAGUGUCCCUCUUUAUCCAGUAAUAAAAAAGGGAGUGUUCACAACCGCAUUUCAUAUAGACUAAUAACUUAAUUGCUCAGUUUAACCAUUCUGUUGUUCAAAUAAUCAAGAUGGUUAAUGGAUGAUUCCAAGGUGGAUUUUUCCAAGCAUUAAUUUAUCCCACUACAUGAGCAUAAAAUAUGGAAUUAUGAUUGUAAUCUAUGUUAAUGACUGGAAGAAUGGGAUCCACAAUGAAUAAUAUUUAUUGCAAAUCUGUUCAGAAUAAAAGA